AGCAGCGAGUUGCACUUAAACGCAACGACUGAGGAGAGUGGAGGAGAGGAGAGAGGAGGAGGAUGGGAGUGGGUAUUACUCCCUUUAACUGACCCAUAUCUUUCUGUAGACCCACAUAUUAUCUAACCUACUUCUUGUUCUCGAGGAAUUUUCUCCACAAAGAUGUCGGCGUCGGCGAUAUUUAUCCUCGACCUGAAGGGAAAGGUGCUCAUCUGCCGUAACUACAUGGGGAACAUGGACAUGAAUGAAAUUGACCACUUUAUGCCCAUCCUAAUGAAGAGAGAAGAAGAAGCUGAGAUGACACCCAUGGUCAGCCAUGGCUCCUCACACUUCCUGUGGAUCAAGCACAGCAACCUUUACUUGGUGGCGAUGACUAAGAAGAAUGCCAAUGCUGCUCUGGUGUACUCCUUUCUUUAUAAAAUUGUCCAGGUGUUUAAGGAGUACUUUAAGGAACUUGAAGAGGAGAGUAUUCGUGACAACUUUGUGACAGUGUACGAGCUGAUGGAUGAAGUGAUGGACUUCGGUUUCCCUCAGACAACUGACAGCAAGAUCCUACAAGAAUACAUCACCCAGCAGGGUCAUAAAUUAGAGGUCGGGGCUCCUCGACCUCCUGCCACUGUCACCAACGCUGUGUCGUGGCGGUCAGAGGGCAUCAAGUACAGGAAGAACGAAGUUUUCAUGGACGUCAUUGAGUCAGUGAAUCUACUGGUGAGCGCCAAUGGCAGCGUCCUGCGGAGUGAAAUAGUAGGCACUAUCAAGCUCAAAGUGGUCCUGUCGGGGAUGCCUGAACUCCGACUGGGCCUCAAUGACAAAGUGCUGUUUGAAAUCACAGGCAGAGAGAAGAGUAAGACAGUGGAGCUGGAGGAUGUGAAGUUUCAUCAGUGUGUCCGUCUGUCACGCUUCGAGAACGACCGCACCAUCUCUUUCAUCCCCCCCGACGGCGAGAGCGAGCUCAUGUCUUACCGCCUCAACACUACAGUAAAGCCUCUCAUAUGGAUCGAGAGCGUGAUUGAGAAGUUCUCUCACAGCCGCGUGGAGAUCAAGGUGAAGGCUCGGAGUCAGUUUAAGAGCCGGUCCACUGCCAACAAUGUGUCCAUUCUGGUGCCGGUGCCCAGUGAUGCUGACUCACCCAAGUUCAAGACCAGCACAGGCAGCACCAAGUGGGUGCCCGAGAAGAACGUGGUGCAGUGGAACAUCAAGUCUUUCCCUGGUGGUAAGGAGUACAUGAUGCGGGCUCACUUUGGUUUACCCAGUGUGGAGAGUGAAGAGCUUGAAGCGAAGAGACCAAUCACAGUUAACUUUGAGAUCCCCUAUUUCACUGUGUCUGGAAUUCAGGUGCGUUACCUGAAGAUCAUAGAGAAGAGCGGUUACCAGGCAUUACCAUGGGUGCGCUACAUAACACAAAGUGGAGAUUACCAGCUCCGGACAAACUAAAGGGCACAGAUGCUGCUAGACGAAUGGAUAUUUUCUCUCUCUGUCUCUCCUCUCCUCUCCUCUCCUCUCCUCUCCUCUCCUCUCCUCUCCUGCUCCCUGUUUGCAAUGGACAGCAGAGGACAAGUGCAGGAGGACACAUGAAAUUUCUGUCCACUCAGAAAGAAGACAUCAUCUCUAGGACCUUUUCACCUCAGAUGGGAAAGGCUGUUGCAUCACCUCUGACCUGUGAUUUCUGUUUUUUAAAGGGUUCCUCAGGACUCCAGUAAAACAUUUUAAUAUAUGAAUAAUGAAGUGAUGACUUUGUAACAUUUCUGGUUCCGGAAAGCUCUCAACUCCCUCACUUUUAAUGUGAUGUCCCAUGAGGUUAAUUUAGAGCAGAAUUUGGGGAACUAGACUUUUUUUUGACAUGUUCACUAGCUUUCUACUGUAUAACAUGCAAACCAACAGAUUAUAGAGCCAAUUUUCAGUAACUGUGAUGGAUCAUUGUCAAGUUUUAUUUCUCCGGGGCCAUGACAUAACAGGUGCCAUGUACACCAUUAGAUGUUUUUCUGUAGACAAAGUACACGUUGCUCCAUGCAGGAUUUUAAACCGCUACCAUUGUCAGCAUCUCUAACUGUACAGGUUUUUAUUCCUCAUAUGUUUUGUCCCUAAUAUCCACUUCACUAUCUACAUACAGUACACUCUACCUUGGCUGUUAAUCUUCAUCCCUCUCAAAGGCAUAUGUUUUGCUGGAACCUCUAUAUUAUAUGUUCAUUGCCUUUAAAAAGAAAAUCACCUAUGUAUUAUUACCUUUAGCACUGUGAAUAUAAUCCCCAGUGCACUGAAACUAACACCAGCGACCAAAUCAAUGAUUAAUAAGGCACAAUAUUGUCAGCGGCAUUGGCUGUGUAACAUAAUACCACUGACGCAUUCCCAUGGGGCCUGUAACCUUGUCCUUGUGCUCGAAAUCAGCUUGCAGCUUUGAGACACUGAAGGAAUGAGCAUGGCGCAGACUUUUCUGUCAUAUUUUUAUCUGUUUAUACUGUACUUGUUAGUCCCCUGUGGAAAAUGUUUGAAGGACAAAAACAGGGGGUUGGGCUUUAGGCGAGGGGGGCACGACAAACGUAAAAUAACCUGAUGGGAUUUCAUUCUCAGACUCUGAGAAUAUUGACAAUAUGUUGAGGUAAUUGUUUUUCCAUGACUCUUUAUUUUUUUAUACGUCGACCUCUGCGGGCCCCUAUAUGUCUUCAAAGCAGGUUGUGGUGUAAUUCACUCCCUCUGUUGUGCAUGCACUGCAGCACAUCAGUUCACUGCACUGCCAGCAGCAAAGAAGAGAGUCCUGUGUCGAUUUAUUGCAUCUCUGCUGUUAAGUACAAAAACUUCAAUUACAAUCAUUCAUUAUCUUGUGUGGAGACAUUUUUCAGACACCAAUGAGGAUUGUUAAUAAGUGUGUGUUAUGUGUUGUCUCUAAUUUAUCAUUGCAAAUAGGAAGCAAAGGGAUAUAUUUGGAAAUAAACAAUGUUUUGUACCUUG